ACGUCGAAACGUUCGCCGAUACGGUUCCGCCCGCGUCAGUGCGCUCAGUGCAAAGCGAAAGCCAUUUUUCCCAGACGGCCCCGUUCUGGCCCCGCAUCGGACACGGUCCACCGUUGGCCAACGGUGUGGUACGCGUUCCUCGCCAUAAAGUGCGCCCGCUGUGGCGUCUCAUCCACUAUCCUUUGCUCGUUCUAAUGUAUCAUCGCCCUUGCUAGGGUAGCUAGUAAGCCGAUUUUCUCCGAACACGGUAACGAGCUGAGCAGUGCCGCAGAUGGUGAUGGAUUUCCAUUUCGAUGUUGCGACGGGCUUCGGAAGUGCCGGGCCAAAGCGCUAGCUGAUUUGUGUUUGUGCGUGUGUGUGUGUUUGUGGGUGUGCAGUGGUUAGGAAUGUUGAUUUGCUAGGCCAAAAUAGAAGUGUUACACAGUGAUUGAGUUGUGUUUGCUGAUUUUUUUCCUCCCCAGCGCGUGUGACGACGAUAGGCUAAUAGUGUACCGGGCACAAAACGAUUUCCCUCGUGCCGCUCGCAGUUAGUAAGUUUUAUGACCGUUUGAGCCGGUCUCCCUUCUUCCUCCCCGCCAUUAACAGCACGUCACAACAAAUGCUUACAUUUACAUUAGUGGCGAGCGGCAAAACGCACCAAAUCAGUGGGUGAAAAAGGUAACAAAUCACGGACCCCGUUUAAUAGCCGAGGUGAGGUGACGAUCGCCGGUCGUGCAGGUAAACCGAAAGCAGGUGCGCAGCAUAAAUAAUCCAUUCUCGGGCGAGUCGGGGCGUGGCACGCGGCAGGAUGGAAGUUUACAACCGCCGGCGGUUCGGGGCCGCUUCCGCCGCGCCGGCAGUGUGCGAACCAGUGGAGCAAGACCCGACGGCUCAGGAUGGUCGCGGGGCGGCACCGGCAGCAACGGACAGCGGAUGGAGCGGAGCGCAGAGCAGAAUCAACGGCAGUGCUGGCGAGGAGGUGGAGGACGAACAGGCACACGAACAUGGCACGCGCAGUACGAAGCCUUCCGCACCCGAGCCGGCCUGCACAGACAGUGCGGCGAGCCGGUGGAAAAUUCGCGGAAGGACCAUCUACCAUCCCCGGUCCCACCUGCACCUGUUGCUAGUCGCUGCCGUGCUGCUGACACACAUGCUUGUAAAUAUUAGAAUAGGUGAAGCAGCUAGUCAGAUACUCAACAAAGCGGAACCACUAUUCAUCUCCAGAUCGGAAGCAUUCAAGUUCGCUGUCGGCGAUACGAUUACACUGCCCUGCGAAGUAGCCUCUCCAGGUACGUACGUGCUGGCCUGGAAGCGAGGCAUCGCGAUCCUGACCGCCGGCUCGGUCAAAGUCACUCCCGAUCCGCGCGUGCGGCUGGUCAACGGCUACUCGCUGCAGAUACGUGACGCGGUGCCGCAGGAUGCAGGCGACUACAUCUGCCAGAUAGCGAUGCUGGAUCCACGGGAAAUUACGCACAGUGUGGAAAUUCUCGUUCCACCGAAAAUUACGCACGUCACAUCCGGGGGACAUCUGCAGGUCCGGAAGGGUUCCCCGGUACGGCUGGAGUGCUCCGCCACCGGCAACCCGAUGCCCAACAUCACCUGGACCCGGAAAAACAAUCUGUUGCCGAACGGCGAGGAACAGUUCACUAAUCCCGUGUACGUCAUCGAAAACAUGGACCGGCACAAGGGCGGAACGUACAUCUGCACCGCAAACAAUGGCGUCGGGCAGGUGGCAACCAGCCAAAUUAUUCUGCAUGUACUGUAUCCACCCGAGAUAAGCGUCGAGAAUCCGACCGUAUACUCGGGCGAGGGCCAGGAAGCGAUGCUCGUGUGUAUCGUGCACGGUGAAUCUCAACCGGAAAAGGUACUGUGGCACAAGGACACGAUGCAGAUCGAUCAAACCGAGCGGCACGUGAUCGAGAACCGGGGCGCCCGCCACACGCUCAUCAUCCGGAAGGUGCACCCGCAGGACUUUGGCAACUACUCCUGCAUCGCGGACAACCAGCUGGGCAAGACGCGCAAAACGGUGACGCUGACGGGCAAACCGAAGACGGCCGUCUUCCGCUCCGUACCGAACAGCCAGUGGAAGGACAAGUACAACAUCUCCUGGAUCGUCGACUCGCACUCGCCGAUCGAGGAGUUCAAGCUGUACUACCGGCAGGUGGACGGGGACACGCUGCAAGCGCACGACGGCAUCUUUCUGGACAACCGGAAACUGCACCACAGCUAUGCGGGUGAUAAUAUGCUAGACUACAACCGGAAAAUCAACUCGUACGAUAGCUACUCGUACAACAAUGGCUACCACAAUCUGCACCACAAGUGGUCCAAGACGGACUGGCGGGACAUUGUGCUGCCGGCCUUUCCCUACUCCCACCACUACACACAGGGCAUGAGCUACCUGAUUCGGGGCCUCGAGCCGGACCAGCAGUACGAGGCACGGGUACAAUCCAGGAACCGGUACGGUUGGAGCGACUUUUCCGAGAGCUUUCUGUUCACCACGUCAAACACAGACACCGAAAUACGUGAUCUGAGUGUCACCCACUACAGCUCCUCCAGAGCGUCCGUCAUCUUUGCGAGUGAAAUACGAUGCCUGCUGGGCGCGCUGGCGCUCGUUGCCGUGUGCCGUUUGGUAAGCUUUUGAAGUUGACCCUCCUUCUCCUAAUUGACGUAUCACCGGCGCACGCAACAUCACGGCGAAAGGUGCCCCGCUGGGAUGGUGAGAAGGGUUGAUUUGUGAUUGCGUAGCCAAUUCAGUUAUCAUCAACACUUCAAGCACGAAUUAGGUUCCCUUUUCGGUACAGUUGCUAGAGAACUUCCCCUGAACGAUGGGCUCCGUUUUUUGGAGAAUCAUUAUGAAUUUAUACGUUCGAUCGAGCUCAGCGAGUUCACCUACCACUACCUUUUGUAAGCACAGAAGAGAAAAGUUGGGUAGAAGGAAGGUAGAUUUAUUUUUUUGUGUAGCAAAAACCAAACCAUACGUUACUUUGCGCCCGGCAACAAGCAACAUUAUAUAGCAGACAGCCUCAAUGAAAAAAAAACCAGAAGAGGUAUGAACGCAAAGAACAACAAACCCCCAAACUCCCAACACGAAAACGCCGAACGCGGGCUGAAAUUGAUUAAGCUGGAAGGACUAUAUUUUUGGAUGAAAUUUAAUUUACCCUGAUAAAAUAAACAACCACUCAAAUUAAACCUCCGGCCACGCCACCGGGCAAAGAUGGCAAUUUCAACAAUUACGCGACGACGACGACGAUGAUGGCAAUGAUGUUGAUGAUCAUGGUGAAGAUCGUGGUCAGGACCUUUUGCACACCUGACGGGUGCCACGUCCACUGAUGGCCCCGCGAGCACUGCGCGCACACAGGUGGCCAUAAUUUAUUACGAUUCGCCUCCCCCAGCGGGAACGGGCAAGAGGACGCGCAAAAAGGAAGAAGUAGGUUAAAGAAAGAAAAAAAAACAAACGCUCACUUCUCUGCUCAGCUAUCGAAUGAAAAAUUCAACAAAAAGCACUCCAAAAAAUAGCAAAAACCUCUGAAAUGAUGAACUACCAGACGGGUGAGCCAGAAUGGCAAAGGAAGAGGGGAAGAAAACAACAGCGAGAAGCAAAACAAGCCAACCAUUGCGCGCGAUGAACAAAAGUAAGGAGCAAAAAUUAAAUUAAUUUAAUUGAAAUCACACUCCCGUUGGCGUGCGUUCGAUGGCUCCUCUUCCCAGUCGCCGCAGUCGUGGGACAAGGGCAAUGUGCUGCUCGUUGGGCUUUUAUUUCGUGUGAAUGAUUGCUGCGUCCGGAAAAGUGAAAAGCUGUCAUUUCAGAUCUGGUGCUUACAGUGCCACGCGAAUCACAAUUGAGCACAACAAAAGGGCACGCUAUGGUGCAAGUGUACAAUUAUUUAAACGUCGUUAGGGUAAAAAUGACUAUUGAUACGCCCCAGGCCAACAAGCUGCACAAAGCUUUCGAAUGGACGCCGUCCUGAAUCGUGUCAAAACAUUGCAUACAUUCGGGCGUCCAAUUAAAGGAUAUGCAUGCCAUUAAACGGAGGGCAUAAUUCCUAAGCAUUGUUUGUAACGCUCACCACAUCUCCCUGUAGGGCUCAAUCGAAUGGUGCUUGGCCAAGGGGUUUUUUUCUACUGUUAUGAUGCUCCAUUUCAAAUGCUGUCCAACAAAACUAGCCCCCUCCUGGCACUCAUUUGCGGAUGCAAACCAUUAUGAGCUUAUGAAUAUGGAAAUAGUCAUCUGUAUCGACGCGUUUUUUGUUGUUGUUGUUGUGACGGUUUCGGUCUCCCCGGUUCCAUUUGCAGCCGAAGCAUAUUUAGUGGCCGGCAAUUAAAGGUGCAUAAAAUACAAUCAUUCCCAUACUGCCGGUCAGGAACGCAGCCGGUAGGGGAAUGGCCACCGCAAAUCGACCCAGCAGUUGACCCCAAAAAGGAUGCUAAAUAUGCAUCACGCGCUUGUGUCGAUUCCACCCACCUUCCCCCUUGCUGAUUGGGGUGGAUUUUGUAAUUAAAUUCAACGAAACGAACUUCAACUAAUACUCUUUUGUCGCAGCUCGGACCGCACUCCGGGACUGGGACCGGUCCCGCCGGAACGGAAAGGCGCAUCCAGCUGUGUUGCUGUGCUUACGCUGUACGCUGGUAGGGGUACAUUACUUUUAUCGUGCUGGUAGGGAAAUAACCACCCGGGUGGACCUAUUCAUGCGACAGCCGGCCAACAGUCGGUGUAAUUGGUAAAACUGUGGAUCUUUAUGACGGUGCGGCAUUUGCGCUCGUAAAAAUAAAUCGGUGGAAAAAGGUGUUUGUACCGUUUGUAAGUUUACAGUAUUUUGUUUGUUUGUGUGUAAAACGAAUUUUACCCAUUUAAAUUGACUUCAAGUCUCAGUUGGGCCAACUGCUUAUUCCGGAUCCGCAGUGUAACAAACAGGAGUGAAACUUUCCUUCAAAGCUAUAUCAACAAUCAUUCGAAGGUGUUGAUUUUACCAGUUUGCCCGUCAAAUACGUCAAACUCGUUUCAAAUAUCUUGCACCAUUAAUGUCUUCCCCAUGAUCGUUCAUUGCGAUGCACGACCCAUCUUCACAACUGGGGAUUAGACCAGAAGGCUACAGCUCCGGCAGCUUGUUCGCCGACGGUCAGCAGCAGCAGCUGUUCGUAUCCUCAGGUCCCAAAUGAGUUUCACGGCGGGCUUACCACUCACAUCUGGAAGUCAAACAAAAACCGUUCCCCCUCCCCAGGACAGCUGUGCUCAGAGGCACAAAACUUUGCCGACCUUUCUUUGCGAACCAUCUUCUGUUAAGGCCACUAGUAAGCGUCACUGGCGUGAAGCUGGCGUUCCGGAAGCGCUUUGUUCUGGCCCCGUUUCCUCCCCCAACUUUUUGCUAGGUCCAAAUUGGAAUGGUUGAUAGGAGCAUGCACUCGCCUUUCUUUCAACCCUCGGGUUAGCGCCCCCUUUAGACAGUUCAAUCCGAAACGCUAUCCGAUUGUACGAGCCAGUCAAGCAACAGGGCUUACCGACCGACCGAGCGUAUGUUUGUGUGUGCGCGUUUGAGUUUCGGCUUAACCGAGAUACAAGACAGCACCGCACGGGAUUGACUUCCCUUUGCCCCUUUGUGUGUUCCGUUGCGGUUUUCUUUAUGCGGCGUGAGUUUAUCUUCAGGCCCACAUUGAUUAGAGCGAGCGGUGCAGCACUUGCGGAGGCGAAGGCCGAGCGGAAAGUUUUACCAACAUUCAACUCGACUCGGGCCCGACAAGCAACAGCUCCCUUGAGUGGUCCUCAGGCUGGUGCGCCGUUUACGGUAAAGGCAAACUAAAGCGAACCGAGAAGUGGAAAAAGCGGGAAAACAUCCUCCAAAUAAGGAAGAAAACCUGACAAAACUUCAUCCACUUCUAAUCCACUGGUGGUGGUGGUGGUUUUCAUUUGCUCGAACCAAACAAAAACGGCACCUAAGCGGGUGGUCAGAGCAUUGAGUUUUAUGGUGAAGUGUUGUCGUUUUUUUUUUUUGGAGUGCUUAAAAUAUAUGCCACCAAUCGAAGAAAAGCGUCUGGCGGUGGUGAUAAAGGAAACAACAACAUCAUCAUCGUGCUGGCUGCAUCUCAUCAUGCACAUCAUCGUCGCGUUUCGUAAUCUUGUUGUGGGCGAGGGUGAAUGUGAAAAGUUUUCAAGCACACACUUUUCACAAACCACAUGCACCGAAAAUGCAACUGCCAAAUCCCGCACCGUCAGCUGGCACCGCAGAAUGGGGGCCCAAGCUUUCUUUGCGCAAAGUUUUGACUGGCGGAAGGCGGAAGUUUUGCGGUGAUGCUGGUUCACCAUUUGCAUACCGAUUGGUAGGGUACGAGGGCGGGUGAGGCCGCGGGUUAGCAACUGUUUGUAAAGUAUUUGUUUCUGGUUUCUGGAUCCCGAUCGUUCGAGCAGCGCAAAUGGGUAUCGUUUGUUUCCGCGUACGAUUGAGUUUAUCUUGUACGGGUUGUUUUCAUAGUUUUCACAGCAGCUCACCGACAUGCGGGAAACACUUACUGUAAAUAUGGAUGUGAAUGUGCUGCAGAAUAUGUUCCACUACUCGGACCGGUGCGGGCGUCCAGUUCGGGUGGAACUUUUCACGGAAGCGUGUGUAAUACCCUGAUAGAGGAUGGUAUUUAAUGGGCAAAAUGAGUGCGGAAGUUAGGACAAGCCGUUUACAUGAACUAAAGCGGCACAGUGCUAACGAACGGAAACCAUCUUCUUCUACGAGCGGAAUAGAGAAUAGUUUAAUGAAGAGAAUGAAGCAAGCAAACACUAGGAAAACAGAAACUGAAUUUGUUGUAAGUCAUAGCACGGCCCCCCAAACACCGUUUCGCCCUACCUGUUUCUGUACAUUUGCUAGCGCCUUAGAUGUGUAUCCUGUCUGUGUUGAUCAUGCUUGACCAUCGCCCACCUGAGUAGGUGGACACAAGCCCCUUCCCAAAAAGAGAGUCGUGUUACUAUUUGUGAAAGAAUAUUUAUUUACCCCCACGGAAAGGAUGAGAUAAUGUAUUUUAUUUACUUUCCCUAGCAAAUGCAUAGGAGUCGUAGCAGGUUAUGUAGUUGACACGCAUUAGCAAAACUGUGCAUUAGCGGCGCAGAAGGAACGCAGGCAACACCUUCCUUUAUCGAAUGCCCACACCCAGGAGCAGAAUAGGAAGCAAACCGAACAUGUUCACACACUCUCCAGCUCAAUCGCGCUCGAUCGCGUCUGUCUCGCGUCUUUUCCCUCCCCUGCUGCGUGCAGUUUGCUGUGCUAGUAAAUGUAAAUGUUUAGAGUGUAAUAGCUAAACCGAGGAGAAACACAUGAUCGACAAGGACACACUCACUGCUAGUCAAAAAAUAUGGGCGCCUGCAGUGCUUCUGUUUCCCGGUAUAGGUUAAGAUCAUCCAAAAUUAAAGUGAAAGGGCGUACUUCUUAAAAUCACAUCCUCCUAAGUGUAUUUAGUGUGUGUAAAGAAACCAGUCCGGGGCGUCAUGUUAGCUUAAUCACAUGGUGUCACCAUCCAAUCACCCUAGCAUACAACGAGAUUCAUUCAAACAAGACUCAAUCACGUGGCGCUAGAGUAGAUCGUGCAAUAGGGAGAGGAAAACUGAAAUCAAUGUAAUAUUCCCUUUCCUAACUUAACAGUCGCCCAGCACACGCUACACCAUGCCAUGGACAUUUCAUUUCCCACUGAAGGGAGUAGGAAAAGGGAAUGAAAUCAUACUAUGUAUGGGGCAUGGUGCAGCCGAUUCGAGCAAAAUCAUGCGAACAAAAGUAGCGAGCGAAAGAAUGGGGUGGAAAAGGUCAGCAAAACCUACAUGAGUAAAAUGAUACAAAACAAACAACUCUUUAUAUGAUGACUUAUACUUUUUAUGAUACCUAUUUAAAUAAAGCGAAAACAAAACCGAAACAUGAUUCCGCUGCGGUGUGUGCGAUGCAAAGAAAACCCCCAAUCGCACAUACUCGAGGAGGAAUGGAAAACAAAAACGUAACGUAAAUUGAAACAAAACAAAGACAGACACAAAUGUAGCAAAUAGCUGAGCCGAAGGAUAAGCUGGUGAACUUCUAGAUGCACUUUUUGUAUAUAUCUACACACACACACACACACUCACUCACUCACAUACAUAAACCCAGGCCAGCUAUCCUAGCAAAGUGCGGCAGGUGUACGAUAGCUGUAAGCAGUAAGCACAGCUCCUGUAAGAUCGAAGACGAAAAUAUUCUCACUGCGUACAUUUGCAAAGCAUAUCGAAUGUGUCGAAUAGUUUAUUCAAAACCCAAACCAACAGAACGAGAUGUAUGUUACACGGGAAUGCAAACUGCGCAGUCUUCAAGGAACGGGAAAUAGGGGAGGAGCAAACAGAAAGGGAAAAUAUUUUCAUGGGCAGCAUAAAUAAUCCAGAUAGAGAAGCAAGCAUACGGCAAAGGCAACCAGAGAACAGAACUCUGUACACACACACAUACACAAACACACACACUCCUUCUCUCUGUUUCGUUCGAGCUCGAACAUUUCUUCAAUGAUAUUCGCACACAACUAAAAGCACAGGUGUAGAGAUUAAGUAUGAAACCAAUCCCAGCAGAUAGCCAACCAACAAGCUCAAGGUAACGAUGAUGGUGCAGUGCAGUCAGCGUGUAAAAGAAAAAAAAAACAUAUACAGGAUAGCUUCCCUGCGGCGGUUGCGUUCACCUAUCAAUAGCAUUCAUGCAAUAAAAAAAAUCAUACUGCAAUGCCAAAACGAGCGCAGCAAAAAUGGUAAAAAAACAGCAUGAAAGCGAAAGCAAACACAUGAAUACCGAGUAAUUGAUAACACUUUAUCUCAGUGCAGAGUAAGCGCCGUAACGAGUUUAGGGCAGAAAGAAAGUCAAAACAGUUUAUGAAAGUAUUUGUCAAAAAAAGAAG